AUGCUUGCAACUAAUAUCGGCCAACACCAUGCAGGCCCCACUCGUCUCGGAGCCCCACCAACGAGCGGCUGGUUGAAGGAGCUCGUUGCUCAUAAUCUUCUUCCAACCUCAACCCCGACUUUACCCAGCUUCGCGUCAAUCUCGUCUCAACCUCGUCCGCAUCCGCCACCCGCGUCCCAUCGGCGAGUGUCAGGAGCCAUCAUACCGAUACGCACGUCGCCGACCUCUACCGACGCAGCCGCUGCCGCAGCCAUGUCCCACCCCCGCGUCGAGGAGGUCUCGGACAGCGAUCCGGACGCCAUGUCGGACCCGGACGAGGGAGAUAUCGACGACUUCAUCGACACAGACAUCAUGCGCCGCGUCCCCGACCGGCAGACAUCCCAGAAGUUUCAGCAGCGUGCCGCGCAAUCCGACGUGCUCGAUACGGCCAACCUGCCCCCAUCCCGCACCACCGCCGUCACCACCGACGAGCACGCCGUCUUCCGCGGCUUCCAGAGCCUCUACCCGGUCUACUUUGAUGCCACUCGCUCCCGCGCCGAGGGGCGGCGUGUCGGCCGCUCUCUCGCCGUCCGCAACCCUCUCGCCCGCGACAUCGCCGACGCCUGCUCCCGCCUCCGCCUCCCGACCCUCCUCGAGCCCGAAAAGGUGCAUCCGAAGGACUGGGCGAACCCGGGUCGCGUCAAGGUCGGCCUCAAGAAGACGAUGUCGAACCGCGCCGGCGCCGCUGCCGGACCCAAAAACAAACACCACCUCUACCUCCUCAUCGCCCAGCACUUGCGCGAGAACCCAACGACUGAGGACAGCCCGGGUCUCCGGGUCCGCAUCGGCGGCCAGCUGCAACCGCCCGAGGGCCAGCCGAUCCCCCGUCCGGCCGUUCCCCGCGGCUGGAAGAUGGGUGAGCUGCUGCCGUACCUGAGCGCCGCCCAGACGGGAGGUGGCGUCUCCGAAAACCUCUUCAAGGACAUGAUGAAGGAGAUGCAGAGCGGCGGCGACCCCAUGGCCGCCCUCAUGGCCGGGCAGCAGGCCGGAGCGUCGGAUGCCGCCGCCGCCGGCAACGCCGCCGCUAAGAAGAAGAAGAAGGACAAGAAGGGCAAGGGAAAAGCCUGA